AUGGACGCAGCCGGACUCCUCAAAAAGCAAGGCUGGCGUGGCCUCGGUCACUCGCUCGACUCGGACAACAAGGGCCUUCGCAAACCACUCCUCGUCAGCAAGAAAGUCGACGUACUCGGUAUCGGAAUCAACAAGGCAGAUGUCAUCCAAGGCCAGUGGUGGUUGAAAGCCUUCGACAGCAGUUUGAAAGAUUUUGGAACUGGCAAGAAGAGUAUCCUGGCGAAUGUCAAGGAGCAGGGAAUCAAGAGGGGUGGCUUGUAUGGACGAUUUGUGCAAGGAGAGGGUGUGCCGGGAACGAUUGGAAUGGUGGAUCCCAAGGUUGCUGCGCUUGCGUCGGCUGUCUUGCCGGCCACGGGUGUGAAGAGGAAGGCUGAGGAUGAUGACGAGGACAAGGCAGAAAAGAAGAAGGCCAAGAAGGAGAAGAAAGACAGGAAGCGAUCGAAAUCCACAUCCGACUCAUCC